AUGGAGUAUCUCCCCGCCAGAACCUCCGCCGAUUUACCCGAUCGGAGCGAGGCGGCCGUCGCAUCCUACGCUUGGUGCCUGGUCGCCGCGCUGAGCUACCUCCACUCCAGAGGCAUCGUGCAUUGCGACGUCAAGGGCAAAAACGUCCUUUUAGGCCAUUCCCCGGGGACUGCCGCGCUCGCGGAUUUCGGAUCGGCGGUGGAUGUUGAUGUUGAUGUCUCGUCGGCGGCGGGGAGGGGGAGCCCGCUGUGGAUGGCGCCGGAGGUGAUACGGGGGGAGAGGCAGGGGAGGGAGGCGGACGUGUGGUCGGUGGUGGGGUGCACGGUGAUCGAGAUGCUGACGGGGAAGCCGGCGUGGGGGGGAUCGGUGUGGAGGAUCGGGUAUUCGAAUGAGGUGCCUCUGUUUCCGGUGAGGAUUUCCGGCGCGGGAGCGGAUUUUCUGGAGAAGUGUUUGAGGAGGGAUUAUACGCGGAGGUGGAGCUGCGAUCAGCUGCUGCAGCACCCGCGCGGAAGGAGGUGGCUGAUCAUUGGUCGCCGCGGUGCGUGUUGGACUGUUUGA